AUGUUACGUCAAAUCAAACCCCGUAAUGCUCGCAGCAAGCGCGCUCUCACCAAAAAAGCACCGAAGCCUGUCGAGAAUCCAAAAACUGCGCUCUUUCUCCGUUAUACCACCUGCUCGCAACCUACUCAAGACUGUCUCACAGAUCUCCAUACCCUCCAUCUACCUCUCGCAAAGAAAUUCACCAAGAAGAAUAGUAUUCAUCCUUUCGAUGAUCCUUCUUCCCUCGAGUUUUUCUCGGAGAAAAACGAUGCUUCUCUUUUAGUGUUCGGUUCCUCAUCUAAGAAACGACCACAUUCGAUUACUCUCUGCAGAAUGUUCGAUUAUAAGGUGCUGGAUUUGUUAGAGUUGAACCUUGAUGCGGAUUCAUUCAGGACGCUGAGCCAAUUCAAGAACAAGAAAUGCGCUGUCGGAUUAAAGCCUAUGAUUUUGUUCUCCGGUACUCCAUUUGAAAAUCCCGUUUCCGAUGAAUACACCCUUGCGAAAUCAAUGUUUCUCGACUUCUUCAAGGGAGAGCCUGCCGACAAAGUGGAUGUUGAGGGUCUUCAGUAUAUCGUGUCAAUUUCAGCCAGGGAUAGUGUAGAUGGAGAGGAGGAAAAGCCAAAGAUCCAUCUACGAGUAUACUUGAUACGGACUAAGAAGAGUGGCCAGAAAUUACCACGAGUUGAGGUAGAAGAAAUGGGCCCACGGAUGGAUUUUAGAGUUGGCAGAGUCAAGGAAGCGGAUGAGAGCAUAAUGAAGGAGGCAAUGAAACGGGCAAGAGGAAGCGCGGAGAGGCCCAAGAAGAACAUCAGCACGGAUAUUGUUGGUGAUAAGAUUGGUAGAAUACAUCUUGGUAAACAAGAUUUGAAGGAGUUGCAGACCAGAAAGAUGAAGGGAUUGAAGAGAAGCAGAGACGUGGCUGAUGAUGAUGAGGGCGAGGAUGAUGAAGAUAUUGUUAGCGAUGAUGAGCCUGUGAAAAGGUCAAAGAAGGCAUGA